CCGCGACCCAACAUCCUGUCACUCCUCCACUUGCGUCCAAGGCCCCACGACCACGUCAACAGUACUCCGCAAUGCUGAACCACAAGAAGCUCUCGACCUUAGCGACGCAAGUGCGCACGGCCAAGACGCAUUCUCCGCGCGUGGCGUCGCCUCCAUCCGACACCAAACGAUCGCCCACCUAUUCGUCUACAGAUCCGCACCUCCGUCAUCGUCCCGAAGAGCUCGAACGACUGACCACAGAGCUGCGCGACCAAGUGGCCGAUACGCGCCCGGAGCUGCUGCCUCUUUUGAAGUCGUUACCGACACCAAUUCGGCCCUGGAACCUUCAAAAACCUUCCGAGGCCGUGGCACUGAGUGCGCUGCUACAAGACCGACUGUUGUGUCUGCCUGAACUUAACCGCAACUCGCCGUGCUACAGUGCACGCGACUUGGUGCUGCUGUACACGAAGCUCAAAUACCUCGAGACUUUUUCUCAAUCCGAGCUGGCAGAAUACGCCAAUGCAGUGGCCUCCUCUGCGUCGCCUCUUGAAGCCGCGGCUGUGGUUCGAACCCGACAGGAAGAAGUGCGCGUCGUACGUCAAUUGGCCACUGUGGGAAACACCACCGAGCUGUUCUCAAGACUCGCCACCCUACUGCACAUUCCGUGCCACGGCGAUGCGUGGAAUGAGAUUGUUAAGUUCGCAGCCAACGCACUGCCCUUUGCCGAGCAGACUGAGUCACUGCUGGUACGCGGUUCGGACGACAGAUCUGCGCUUUGUCCUCUCACUAAAACGAACAAUUACAACGCGUCCACGAUCCCAUUGGCCACGGAUGUGGCACGUGGGAGCUGCACCUGUUCCAGUAUCACGCUUCAAGCCUUUGAACGCUGCGAAAAACUGCGUCAGGAGUUGCUGCUGAACUCGUUGUCCAUCAACCCCAAUGCCAAGAGUUCCAGUGUGCUGUUUAACACGAAAAUGCGUGCAAUUCGAGCACGGGUAGCCUCCUGUCUUGACGUAUCGGAUCUGGUUGGUGACAAUCAGCUGAGGAUUCUGUUGUCGCCUUCGGGAACGGAUGCAGAGCUGUUGGCUACGGUUGCAGGACUCGCUAGACUGUACUCAGGAUUGGGAGAGGAGGAGAACUUACCUGGUGGUGUCGGACCGGAACAGUGCAAAGUGACCAGUAUCAUCACGGCUGGAAGCGAGAUUGGUCGCGGCUCGAAAAUUGCUUCCGGCGGCAAACACUUCAGCAAUUUAACGCCUAGCGGAGAGGCUGGUACAGCUGGACAGCCGCUACGAAAGUUCCCAAUUGACCUCGUGGAUGUGGUGACCAUACCGGCAAGAGAUGAUAACGGCGAUAUUAACCUUAUCGACGAUGACGUUCGCGAACUGGUGCAUGAGCGACUGGAUCGCGGUGGAGGUGUGGUCUUACUGCACGUGGUCGUCGGAACGAAGACGGGCUAUGCCUGUCCUUCGAUGCCCAUGGUGGACGCUUUAGCAGUGCAGUAUCCGAAUCGACUGCUGGUGGUUGUGGACGCUUGUCAGAUGCGCGUUGAUAGAUCGUUGUACCGUGAAUGGGCUACGAAGUGUUAUGUGGUGCUCACUACGGGCUCCAAGUUCUUCGGAGGCUCUCCAUUCUGCGGUGCUGUGCUUAUGCCCAUGCGUUGUGUGUAUGAACUGGAAGCCGCGGCGGUCGAACGUCACUCUGAAGUGGCAAUUCCUCUCGGACUAGAAGAUUAUUUCUCCAAGUACGAUAUGCCGGAGGGAAUGCGUAACAUUCGUGCGAGACUGGGGACGAAUAUGAACGCCGGGCUACUACUGCGAUGGGAAACUGCACUUGUCAACAUGGAACCAUACUGCCGUAUCCCUCCUGCAGACAUCGCAGCUAUCUGUAAGCUGUACAUGAGUGCAUGCAGAACGAAGAUACAGUCUUUGUGGGGGCAUAUGGCAGAGCUGCUGGCUCCGCCAGAGCCAAUUGAGAAUGACGGUACAAGCACAGUGACGCCUAUAGACACCAUUGUAUCGUUCAAAGUGCGUGAUGAGAAUGGCGUGUUCCUCGACAUGGCAGCUCUCAAGGCACUGCAUACUCUGCUUUCCAAGGACCUGUCGGGUGCCUUACCGGACGAUGCGUUGGCCAAGAAGCGUUGUCUGUUAGGUCAGCCUGUAUCGCUCGGCAAAAGUGGAGCUGUGAUUCGAAUCGCUAUGGGUGCAGACAUGGUGAACGACGUGUAUCUCCGAGGCAAAGGUGAAAGCGACUUUGCGGCAGCCAUAGAGCCUCUUUCCCAAGAUGAUGACGACAUCCUGAACAAGAUCGCACUGGUUCUUCGUCACUGGGAACUUCUUCACCACAAGUACAUCGAGGAGUGCGUCGAGACGACUCCACUAGAACCUCUUAAUCCGCUCAGCGACUGGGACUUCAGUGUCAAAGAUGCCCAAGUUGCACGUGUGGUACAGCACAUGGUUGAGGAGCGUGUACUGGUAAAUGAAGACCAACCAGAGGACGAGACCAAGCUGGCUGUCGUGUACGAUCUGGACGCCAUUGAUAUGGCAUUCCAGGCACUGUUGACCUCAUUCCCUGUGCACUUUGAGCACCGUUUUGCAAUGAAAUCUUGUCCGCUGUCGUUCUUCAUCAAGCGAGCGAUUGAAAACGACGUCGGUCUCGAAUGUGCGUCCAUUGUGGAAGUCAAGCACGCUUUGCGACUCGGUUGUCCACCUCACCGUAUUGUGUUCGACAGUCCGUGUAAAACCCGACGUGAUCUGCAGUUCGCUAUCAACGCUGGAGUGGAAGUCAAUGCUGACAACUUUGACGAACUCGACAUCAUUCGAGAACAUGCUGAGGCCAUUUUCCAGUCCAGUUUUCCGGAGUGUACCCCUCGCUAUGCCGGUAAUUUACCUCGGAUUGGACUGCGUAUUAACCCGCUGCUUGGAGCAGGCACCAAUUCUUGCCUCAGUGUGUCCACCGUGCAGUCCAAGUUCGGUGUGCCACUCACGCCUGAGAACCGCGCAAGGAUCAUCGCCUUCUUCUGUGCGAACCCGUGGAUGACAGGCUUGCACGCUCACGUUGGCUCUCAAGGGUGUUCGCUUGAGAUGUUGUCACAAGGUGCUGUUGUAUUGAGCGAAUUGGCGAACGAAAUCGAUGCAGCUGCGGGCACGAGUCGAAUCAAGGUGCUUAACAUCGGUGGUGGAUUGUCAACAAAUUUCGAAAACGAGGAUGUGUCUCCGACUUUUGCUGAGUACGUGGAGGUUCUUCGUCGUGAAGCUCCGCAAUUGUUUGAGCGUACGGGUCGCACCAUUUUGACGGAGUUUGGAAGCAGUGUCAGCUCGAAGACAGGCUGGGUCGUUAGUGAGGUGGAGUACGUCAAGACUCAUCCUCGUGUUGAUGGCGACGACCUCACUCAGACCGCCAUUAUCCACGCUGGCUCUGAUCUCUUCCUACGCGCGUGCUACCGUCCUGAACUCUUUGCUCGUCGAAUGUCGGUCUACAAUUCUGCUGGUUUAAUUUCUACGGCCCCGAUGUCAGUACAGAACGUGGUAGGACCGCUUUGCUUCGGCGGGGAUAUGGUUGGUCGACGUGUGGAGUUGCCUACCAUUUCUCGUGGCGAUUUCGUCGUCGUGCACGACACUGGAGCCAACACGAUGUCGAUGUUCAGCCGUCACUGUAGUCGUCCUGCACCUGCAGUCUUCGGCUACCGCGCGAGCGAGGACGAGAUUUCUCUGCAGCUUCUCAAACCAGCGGAAACUCCAGAGCAAGUCAUGAGCUUUUGGGGAUAGGCUAGUCAAGCAAAAGUUUGUAGUUCUGUAGAAAUGUACAUACUGAUUGUGUACAGCAUGAAUGACUUCUUUACUAAAAUCCUGUUACCACCCAGUUCAUGUCUGUGGUUUUUGAG